AUGACUCUUGUGGGCAACACUAUCAAGCUAAAUCUUGAGAAAGUUCGUGGUUACUUGGUAGAUGACGAUGUAUCCAUGGUGGGGAUUUGGGGCAUGGGAGGGGUCGGAAAGACAACUCUCUUGAAUGAAAUCAAUAACUCAUUACUUGGUGGUAAUACUAAUCCGGGGUUCAAUUAUGUCAUCUCUCUGGUGGUUUCAAAAGAACCUCAAUUUGAGAAGCUUCAAAAUGAGAUAUCUAAAAGGUUAGGAUUGCCUUCUUACUCCGGGAAAAGUGACAUAUUUGAGUUUUUGAAAAAGAAGAACUUUUUGCUGCUAUUAGAUGAUAUAUGGAAGAGAGUGGACCUUCCUGAAGACCUUGGUAUUCCACUUCCACUCCGUCAAAGCCGAAAUUCCAAAAAUGGAGGUCAAAGCUACAAGCGCAAGGUGAUCUUCACAACCAGAGAUGAUGAUGUGUGUGCUCGUAUGAAUGCUCACAAGAAGAUCAAAGUUGAAUGUAUAGAUAAAGAAGCAUGGCAUCUUUUCAAGCAGUUCGCAAAUGAAGAGAUCAUCAAUUCUAGUGUUGUUAUUGAAAACCUAGCAAAGGAAGUUAUGGAGAAGUGCUCUGGUUUACCACUUGCCCUUAAAGUUAUUGGUAGAGCCACGUCGAAUAUGAAGACACCUGAAGAGUGGCGUCACAUGCUGAGGUCGUUAAUUAAGACGGAUGUCAGGACUGUUACUGGUAUGGAAGAAUCAUUGUUUCACAACCUAAAGGUUAGUUAUGAUAAUUUGGCCAGUGAUACUCUCCGACAAUGUUUCUUGUGUUGUGCUCAAUGGCGUGCAGGUGCACAAAUUGAAGUCUUUGAACUCAUAGAGCGUUGGAUUUGGUGUGGAUUGAUUAGUGACUUUGGAAACAUGGGGGAAGCCUUUGACGAGGGAUAUUCUCUCAUUGCAAAAUUACAUGAAGCAUGUUUGUUGGAAUUAGUGGUUUACAGUCUUGUUGAAGAUUAUGUCAAAUUACAUGAUGUGAUUCAUGAUAUGGCAUUGUGGAUUGUGUCCGAGUGUGGGAAGAAAAAGAACAAAUGGAUUGUUGGUGGAAGUAACGAUGAUUUAAGACAAUUUUCAAAGUUGGAAGCAGGCAACUGGCAGGAGACAGAACUAAUAUCUUUCAAAAAAAAUUUCAAUGACAAUGGUCUCUUGAAAUUUUUAAUUGAUCAAAAUAUCGACAAAAAGGGCCAAGUUUCUGUUGCAGCAACUUCUCCUAGAUAUCCUAAUCUCCAGAGUUUAUUAAUAGAAAAAUGUUAUUGGUAUGAUCGAAGGUCCGAGGUGGGUAUAAACUUUUUCCCUCAUAUGCCAUCUCUCACACAUUUGAACUUAUCUGAGACAUUUAUCGCUGGUAUUUCAAAAGAAAUUCGAGUUCUAGUUAAUCUUCAAUACCUCAACAUCAGCGGCACAAGCAUUCGGUCACUUCCACCUGAACUAGAAGAGCUCAAGCAAUUAAAAUACUUCUUCUUCAGAUUUUCACAUUUUGAAAGUGAAGGUGAACUUGUUCCAAUUAAAGUUGAUGGGUUGUCUGCAUUAUCAAGGUUGCCCGAGUUGCAAGUGCUUGAUCUUUAUAAAAAUACUUGUUUAGAAGCAGGUGACUUGAGGAUAUUGAUGGAUAGGAAGAGGAUUAAAGCGAUCGGUAUGGAUGUGGAAUCAGUCGAGAUUCUUCGACUUCUCAAAGAUUUGCCGACUUGGCAAAUAAAUUUGAAAAACAUACAUGAUAUGCCUACCCUCCAGCUUUGUGACUUGAGUUACAAAGGUGAUGGUGAGGGUUUGAUGACGUUAUACAUCAAUGAUUGUGGCUUUGAGAACUUGUUGAUAAAUGACAGUGCGGUCAGUCUAAAGCAUCUCGAUUUGAGUUUUCUUGCAAAGCUCAAGCAAAUCACUCGGUCAGCAGAAGCAUUUCGUAGUGGAUGUUUCCCGAAGUUGACAGAUGUUUACAUUUAUAAAUGUACAUCUCUGAGGAGUCUUUCGUGGGUUUUGCAUCUCCCAUGCCUUAAGAAAUUACAUGUAGGUAAUUGCUCAGCAAUAGAGGAAUUGAUUGACCCUCGAGAGAUGCAACAAGCUUCAUCAGGCCUUCCCACCUUUCCUAACCUACGAUCCUUGUCUUUAUGGAGAAUGCCCAACUUAGUGAGCUUCAGCACAUGUCUAUUGGAUUUUCCUAUUUUGGAUACACUUUAUUUGGACAGAUGUCCAAAGCUGAAGAAACUUCCUUUCAAGUCAUCCAUUGUCAAUAAUAAAUUCAAAGACGUGACAAUUGACGAAGACUUGUGGGAGAGUUUGGAAUGGGAGGACACAACAAUCCGAUCUCACCUCGACAAGUCCUUCACCAGAAGAGCUUGGAAUGGGAGGACACAACAAUCCGAUCUCACCUUGACAAGUUCCUCAACGGCUCAACUAAGUAGUCAUGCAAAUUUACGUCCAAAUCAUUGA